UUCAAAUAAAACAACGUCAGUGUUCUCAAGUGGGCAAAACACAAUGUGGAAGGUUUUAAUACUGUUUGUUUAUCUAACAAUAGAAACUUUAGUCGUAGGGUCAUUUGAAAAUUUCAAUCUAAAUGCUAAGAGUAUUCAAAAAUAUAGUGGAAUUGGUGAGGAUGUUACAUCAUAUCGAUUGCCUAACACUACAAUUCCUCAAAUAUAUUCAAUUGGACUUACAUUCCGAGAUGAAGUGAGCUUCUUAGGUAGCGUCUACAUAAAGAUCAAUGUCCUCGAGAGUACAAAUGUGAUAACACUUCAUAGUUCUGUAUUAAUAUUAAACACAUCCUUAACGAAAUCUUAUAUGCAUGGCGCAGCUGUUGCCCAUACUCAUGAUAUUGAUGUGGAGCGAGAAUUUUUAUUGAUUAAAACAACUGAAGAAAUAUUACUAAAAGAUUCGAUUUUGUGGCUAACAAUCAGCUACAUUGGAUAUAUUAGUACAAUAAAUGAAGGGGUUUUCCGUACAACUUUUAAAAAGCCAAAUGGUGAUUUAAGUUAUUAUAUUGCUACUCAGAUGAAACCAAAUUUUGCUAGAAGGGUAUUUCCAUCGUAUGAUGAACCAAGAUUCAAGGCUAAGUUUAUAAUUUCAUUAAACCACACCGCACAGCAAAAGACAAUAUCUAAUAUUGAAGAACAAGAAUCUAUCGAAGACCACUAUGGACGAAGAAUAACGGUUUUUAAUCACACUCGUUACAUGCCAACUUAUCUCAUCGCAUUUGUCAUAUUUGAUUUCAAUGCAACAGAAUACAGAACAACCAAUAAUAUUUUACUCCGUACAUUUUCAAAUCAAAUAGAAAUUCAAAAUACCGAGUUUGGAUUAGAAACGACUGAACAAGCACUGUAUAUGUUUGAAAAUAAUUUUUCUUUUGAAAUUCAAUAUGAGCUUUAUAAGCUAGAUCAAGUUGCAUUACCUUUAUUCAACCAAUGUAACGUUGCAAGUUAUGGAAUCGCAUUUUAUCGAGAAAACUGUUUUUUGUAUGAGCCUACAAUUAAUUCAAUAAAAGAGAAAGAAUCAGCCGUUUUAUCUAUAGUUAACAAUGUCUGUCAUCAAGUAUUGGAUAAUCGCCUUACACCUUCUUGGUGGUCAACUCAAUGGCUUUUUGAGGGAUUAUGCAGAUUUUAUGAAUACUUUAUUGCAUCAAAAAUUUAUCCCGAAAUGGUCUUAGAAGGAUUGUUUUCUGUAGAAAUAAUGGAGAAUGCUUUGGUUUACGAUUCAUUGUCAGCAACCCAUUCUUUAUCACAUUAUGAGGAGUCACCGGGUGGUGUCAGAAAGUUAUUUGAUACAAUAACUUACAAUAAAUCUGCAAGCGUUCUCCGAAUGUUUUUUCAUUCACUAUCAGAGACAACAUUUACCAAAGGCCUUAAAAUCUACUUAAGUAAAUUCACGUUAAAUUCCUUGGGCGUAACAUUUCAGCAAGAUAUUUAUGAUGCUUGGCAGCUUGCAGCCAACGAAGACAAUACUGCUUUGGGAGGCUAUAAAGUUGAAGAAUUGUUUAGUUGCUGGGAGAAUCAAGAAGGAUAUCCAAUAUUAUUUGUCGAAAGAAGCUAUAAUAAUCAUCGUGUUAGUUUUACUCAAAAACCUUUUACAAUGUCGUCAAAAAGAUAUUCAAAUUUUUUGUGGUUUAUACCUAUUACGUAUACUUCAAAAGCUCAUUCUAAAUCCAGUUUGCAACCAAAAAUUUGGCUUCAAAAGAAGAAAACAUUUGAUAUUUUAAUUGACGGCUUACUUCCAAGCUCUUAUCUUCUUGUGAAUGUUGAGCGGAUGGGCUAUUAUCGUGUACAGUACGAUGAAGCUAAUUGGAUGCUUAUUUCAAAAGAAUUAUCCCGUAUGGACCCUUCUUCAAAUAUAUCUCCUAUUAGCCGUGCAAUGCUGAUGAAUGAUGCUUCAAUAUUUCUUACAAGAAAUAUGCUUCGAGCCAGAAUAUUUUUGGAAUUGAUGAAGCAUCUUGAACAUGAUAUCGAAUAUAUACCAUGGCUUGUUGCCACAAGAAGCUUACAGUAUAUGCGAUUAAUGAUCAUGAAUGGAAAUUCAAAGUUAUCGGAUGAUUUUAAGAGAUUUUUACAAAAACUUUUUUUUAAAGUUUAUUCGACUUACGGCAUUGAAGAGAAGCCAGAAGAGCCACAAUAUCAUAAACAUAUUCGAAAUAUUGCUAUUUCAUGGAGUUGUGGCGUGCAUUUACAAUCAUGUUUAGAUGCAACACGGGAAAAGUUAUGGAAAUAUAUGUUAGAUGAAAGAAAUUUUAGUUUAUCAGUUGAUCACGAAUAUGUAAUAUUCUGUAAAGGCUUAAUAAUGAUAACUGAGCACGAGUUUGAUUUUAUAUGGAAGAUUUUCAAAAAUACUAAAGAUCCCGCGAGACGUAAUCUCUAUUUAAAUUCAAUGGGAUGUAUAGAAGACGAGUUAAUAUUAAUGAAAUUUAUUUUGAUGAUAAUUGAAAGUAAUGAUAUCGAUUAUGUUUUAAAUAAUGAAUGGAAAACCAUUUUGAAAGCUACCUAUUCAAACAACUUAGUUGGUUUGAGAGUAACUCUUCAUUUUCUUCGACAACACUAUGAUGCUUUUAUUGAAUUAUUGCAUGAACUGAACUCCUUGUCAUCGAUGAAUGAAAUUUUACGAGACAUUGCGCACAGAAUCAAUGAUAACAGUUUAUCAGCAACACUUUCUGAUUUGCUUGUAAUAUACAACGUAAAUAAGGAUGUAAACGAAGAGAUUCAUACUAUUGUUAGCGGCAAUUUGCAAUGGCUCAAGACUUAUUCAAGUGAUAUUCAAGAUUUUCUUAACGAUUUUCAUAGUAGCACAUCAUUGUCAACUUCAUCUAUAGUAGUUUGGUAUCUCUCCAUAAUUAUAUUUGGUUUUCUCACUUAAUUGGAUUAAGCAAAGUUUAAUGAGUUCAGAGAGCACAAAUUAAAAAUUGCUUGAAGCUAUAAACAGAUAAAGAUUAAAUUUUUAAAUAUUAUCAUGUAAAGAAGUUUAUUCAUGAAUAAAAUAAAUUGGUAG